AUGUCUCCUGUUGUUUCAAAGAUUGUCGGGAAGGGAGUUUCUCCAUUGGGUCGAAUUGACCGCCGACCCGGAUUCCUUGAGCAUCGGUCUGCUGCGAUUGAGACCAUCCGGUCUCCCCGGGCCGUCGUCAACCAGCCAAGAACAGUCGCAACUGGACCUAAUAAUCUCAGUUCCGACAUGGAGAGAUUUCUUCAACUGCUGGCACAGUAUGAUAUCCAAUGGAUAUCCCAGCCUGGGGUUGUCUCAAGUCUUCGCAGACUCGAAGAAGAGCGACGCCACGGUGGAGUUUCAUCAUCCGGUGGUCAAGACAAUGCCCCGACUAUCCCAACUGAGGAUACCCUCAACGCAUCUCUUGUGCGCCAAUCCGAGUGGACUGGAUAUGAUGGGAGCACCCACCGCCCUGUCUCCGACAAUAUCAUUCCUACCUAUUACACCAUGGGUGUUGGUCCUGUGACUCGAGACGACAAUGCUUCGGUGUACGAACAGGACGAGGAAGAAUACUAUGAAUCGAUUUACGACAAUCUGUUCCGACCUGUUGAAACCCCUGCUGUUUCAGCAAACCUUGAGCACCAAUCUACCGAAAGUGGUAUUGACCGCCAUUCCAUUUCUCAAAGUGGCACUCCAGAUUGUGACAUCACUCAUGCUCGUUUUCUCAAUUCAAAGCUGGAUCCAGAAUACUGGGACUCGUUGUAUGACAAUUUGCUUCGAAAUGUUCAACGUAAUAUUGAUCACCUUGCGCGAAAUGGCGCUCCGGACCGUCUCAAUUCGGGCGUUCGUUCGGUGACAACAGACGGCGAGACUUCAGUUUUUGAACAAAGCAAGGAAAGCCACUAUGUUUCGAUUUAUGCCAAUUUGCACCAACCUGUUGAGCCCGUGGAUGCUCCUGUGAAAGUCCGGGUUGAAGAUUCCGAAUGGGCCCCCCGAAAAAACCCCAACAAGUGGACUCCUCGUCAUGAUCCAGAUUGUUAUAUCUGGCGUCACAUGGAUUUGAAACGAUGGCGAUGUGAUGAUCUUACCGGAGAAUUCAUUCGCAUUCCUUCUGUCAGUCGCAGCCCCACUCACAGCCCCACGGGCUCAAAGCGGUCAUGGAAUGCGAUGGAGGAUGAGAUUGAUUCCAAUUCUCCCCGUUCCAACCCCAAAGGAGAACCUCUUCAGGGUCAACCGAGUACGAAGACACAGAAUACCGCUGGAUUUGCGGUUCACAACACACCUCAGCAUCAUGUCACCAUCCAGGAACAAGAUACUUCCAUGGCGCAUCUCAGCCACGCUGCUUCUGUCGUUAAUGAUGAUUUCGUUACCCGCGAGGACUUCAUUCCUGACGAAUACCUCAAGGUGCAACGCAAUAUCAAAAAUUAUGAUCUCGAGAAUAAUUCCAUUUCUGACGUCAAUACCUUCGACUCUUCCAGCACUUUGAUCGAUGAUGCUGAUUCUUCGUUUGAGGAUCUAGAUGAAAUGGAGGAUGGUCACAAGCACAAGGACCUUUUCGGUAAGAAUGGAUUUCUCACACAUGAGAGCAAAGCGGUAACAGUGAUGAAGCGCCACAGCAGUCUCAAGGGAAACUGGGAAAGCUUUUGUGGCCGCUUCAAAAAAAGGGUUGAUAUCUGCCUUAUAGCUCGGUUAAAGUAUUUUGCUAAUACACAUUCUUCUGUAGCAGGAGGUAGCUAUGUAGCAAAACCAUCCCCUGUCAAAACCUUCUACUGCAUUACAAACGGGUGUGCCUACCUUGCCCUGGGGCGACUCCCAAUCUGCCCCGGAUGUGGAGUUCCAGAGAUUUCUCGUGGACAGUUCAAAGGUCCUUUGACGUACUACGCCGAAUGA